AUGGCCUGGCGCAACCAGGGAAUCACCGGGUCCAAUAACAUCCCUCUGGGCCGGAGACGGUUUGGAGGUGAGGAGGGCCCGGAGGAUGAGAGUCGCACCGCGACGCCUGCUUCUAUGCCUGGUGCUGGUGACUCGGCCUACAAGCGUGGCCGCAGCCCUGUCCGAGCUGAACCCCCCGCCGACGGCGUCAAGAAGCGCAAGAAGCGUAACCGUUGGGGCGAUGCGCAGGAAAACAAGGCUGCCGGUCUCAUGGGUCUGCCGACCAUGAUUAUGGCUAAUUUCACCAAUGAACAGCUGGAAGCGUAUACCCUGCAUUUGCGGAUUGAGGAGAUUAGCCAGAAGCUGAGGAUUAAUGAUGUUGUGCCGGCUGAUGGGGAUAGAUCUCCCUCUCCCCCUCCUCAGUACGAUAACUUUGGCAGACGUGUAAACACUAGGGAAUACCGCUACCGGAAGCGUCUCGAGGAUGAGCGCCACAAACUCGUCGAAAAGGCGAUGAAGACUAUUCCUAACUACCACCCGCCUUCUGACUACAGGCGUCCUACUAAGACCCAGGAGAAGGUCUAUGUGCCUGUGAAUGACUAUCCAGAGAUUAACUUCAUUGGCUUACUCAUAGGACCUCGUGGUAAUACCCUGAAGAAGAUGGAGUCGGAGUCUGGUGCCAAGAUUGCCAUUCGUGGUAAAGGCUCCGUCAAGGAAGGAAAGGGUCGCUCUGAUGCCGCUCAUGCCAGCAACCAGGAAGAAGAUCUUCACUGUUUGAUUAUGGCGGAUACUGAGGAGAAGGUUAACAAGGCGAAGAAGUUGGUGCAUAAUGUCAUUGAGACGGCUGCUUCGAUCCCCGAGGGUCAGAACGAGCUCAAGAGGAAUCAGCUCCGAGAGCUGGCUGCACUCAACGGUACUCUCCGUGACGACGAGAACCAGGCUUGCCAGAACUGUGGUCAAAUCGGACACCGCAAGUACGACUGUCCUGAGCAGCGCAACUUCACCGCCAAUAUCAUCUGUCGCGUCUGUGGUAACGCUGGUCACAUGGCCCGUGAUUGCCCCGACCGUCAGCGCGGCUCUGACUGGCGCAACAACAACGGUGGCUUCGGCGGCCGCAGGGCCAUUGGCGGCGGUGAUGCUGUCGACCGUGAGAUGGAGCAACUCAUGCAAGAAUUGUCUGGUGGCGCGCCCGGCGAAGACGGCCAUGUCCCUCGUCGGAUCGAGGCUGGCCCCGAUCAAGGUUAUGAUGACCGCGACGUGAAGCCAUGGCAGCGCGGACCUCCGCCCAGUGACGUGGCUCCCUGGCAGCAACGAGGCCGCGACCGCCGUGACGACUACGGCUCCCGCGACCACGGCAGUGCGCCUCCAUGGGCUGCACAGGGCCGUGGUGGUGGCGGUGGCGGCGACUAUGGCUAUGGCUCUCACGGUGGUUAUGGUGCACCUGGAGCUGCUGCUGCCUCCGCCGCUGCUGCUCCUUGGCAACAGGCUGCUCCCCCGCCGCCCCCUGGCGGACAAGCAUCGUACGGAUACGGAGCUUAUCCUGCGUACCCCGGCAUGGGUGCCCCUGGCGCUCCUCCGGGUCUGAGUGUUCCUCCUCCGCCGCCGGGCAUGCCGUCGAUGUACUACGGCUCUGGCAGCCCACCCCCUCCGCCUCCUGGCGAGGGUCCCCCACCUCCGCCGCCUAGUGACCAGCCUCCCCCGCCUCCCCCUCCCGCUUAA